AUGGAGCUCCUCAGGAAGGUGCUGCUGAUGGCUAGUGUGGCCACUCUCCUUUCUGCCCAAGUUUUGCCUCAGUCCUCCCCAAGCUAUGAGAAGGCCCUCUCUGCAGUCAUUCACUUCCACAACCAGGUACAUGGGACAGAGAAUGCAUUCAAGGUAUUGCAAGUCCACCCUCCUCCAUCUAAUCAGAAUCCCCAAGAUCAAAGACUGAAGCUUCUGAGAAUUACCUUGAAGGAGACUGUGUGCCCAAGGACUGAGGAGCUCCCCUUGAACCAGUGUGACUUCAAAAGAUAUGGGCUGGUGAAGAAAUGUCAAGCUUCUGUAUCCAAUGAACAAGACAUUACUGCCAUCAUCCUCACCUGUGACCCAGGGGCCCUAUUGUCCUUUCGCUCCAGAAGAAGUGUCACCAAAAUGAAGAAAACUAAAGCUGACAAAUAUCACCAUCUUCUUUCUUAUGGAUAUAGUCGGAAGCUGCUUUGAAUAAUUCUGACCUGUUUUAUCCCCAAAACCA